AGCGGGGUUACUUCAUACACCCAGUCUUUUUCAUUUAGCCGGGCUACAAAAAGCACCUGUUUCACCAUGCUGAAUACUGUUCUUCUGGCUGCCGCUGUGGUCCUCACUGUUUGUGCCGCUGACGAGUGUCUGAGACCAUGUCCGAGAAAUUUGAGCCCCGUCUGUGCAACGUUCAUCAAGUCCUAUGGGAAUGAAUGUAUGAUGAAGGCUGACGCCUGCAGCCUGGCCAAGCAAGGCGUCCAUCUCGUGACCAAGACGGACUCCGAGUGCAACUGUGACAGGGCGUGUCCCUUCCUCCUCGACCCCAUCUGUGCCACGGACGGCAUCACAUACGACAACGAGUGUCUCAUGGGCGUGGCAGCAUGCAAGCAAAACAAGUGGCUGGAAGUGAAGAGCGCCGGAUCAUGUCCAGCCGAGAACUGAUGACCACAUUGUCAGACAUAGCUGUGGCGCUGAUGCAAGAAUACAUUUAAGGGUUAUAAUUUACGGUUAAUUCUAAAGGUUAAUUCCUCAUUGAUGGUGGAGAGGUUAUGGUUUAAUCAUGAUAGGUUAUGUGACAAUGUAUAUAAUUAAUUCAUACAUGUUAACCGAUGUUUCUGUUUCUUGAAAGGUAAUAAAAAUAUUGAUCUAAA